GCAUUGUCUCUCUCUCUCUCUCUCUCUCUACAUCUCUCUCUCUCUCUCUCUCUCUCUAUACAUCUCUCUCUCUCUCUCUCUCUCUCUCUCUCUCUCUAUACAUCUCUCUCUCUCGCUCUCUCUCUCUGUAGAUCAUGCAGCAGAUGAGUGAUCAUAAAUAUGAUAAACUAACAGUUCCUGAUGAUUUGGCGGCAAACUGUGUCUACAUGAAUCUGUCCGGUAAAGGUCACGUGCUGCUCCACUGCACAGCGGAGAAGUAUCCCGACAGCUUCAAGGUGUUUGAGAAACUGAAGGAUCACAUGCUCAUCCCGGUGUCCAAUCAGGAGAAAGAGAAGGUGGAUGGAGCUCUGACCUGCUGCUCCGUCCUCAUCAACAAGAUGAACAAGAUCUGACCGACUCCUCGCCGUUAUGAGCGUCACGCUGAAGCCAUAUGCAAUACUGUAUUCUACCACUAGAGGGCUCUUACUGUAGGACAUGCCAUUGGGUCUCAUUCAUGAAACACCAGCAGAACAAAUGUCUGUGUAAAUCUUUAAAAGCAAAUAUAAUAAAUGUUUUGUUUGGCAAUUUAUGUGGUUUGAGAUUAAUGUGAAACUAUCACGUGACUAUGACACAUCCCCGCAGUCUCUGACGCUUUCGACCUGUCAAUCAUUUUGCGUGUUCUCAUAGUGUUGCAGUGAAUUAUUGAGGCUUAAUGCCGUUCUUAUGCCAUGUUGUUCAUAGCAGGUGCCAGUUGAGGGCGCCGUUUCGCUGCUGUUGUGUUUAACAACCGUUUCUGCGCGAUGUCUGUCUCAAUAAAGCUCAUUCGGUCCGUUGGGAGGGCCGGGGUUUUGGAAAGAGGGGGCGUGGCUAAUCCAACAGCCCAGUCUCGUGGAAGAAGAACGGCUAAAAUCGCGUCAGGCACCUUUAAAUGUAAAAUUACAAAUAAAGGUUAAAAAAUGUAUUGGCCAAGUUUUCCCCCAAUUUAUUUUUUUACCAACAUUUCAU